AUGGCUGCACUGAUCCGCGCCCUGUAUUUACUGCAGAGCGAGGAUGCCAGGCCUGGCGACCUGCAGCUCGAGCCUCGAGCCGGCAAAGGCCCGCCGCCCCAUGAGCCUGUCGUGGGCGCAACGAGGGCCGGAUUCAUCGCGAUGGGAGUCUGCGGCCUCCUUUCGUUCCUUGCGACGUUCGGCCUGCUCGUCUUCCUAACGUACAGAUUCAUCUACUGGGAUCGCCACUAUAAACGGCCGCUCGCCCGGAACCAGUACGUCGUCCUGAUCUACAACCUGCUUCUCGCCGAUCUGCAGCAAGCGACUGCAUUCCUCCUAUGUCUGCACUGGGUUCGGAAGGGGUCGGUAUACUAUCCAAGCGCUGCCUGUGUCCUGCAGGGCUGGUGGAUUCAAACCGCCGACCCGGGGAGCGGGCUGUUCGUGAUCGCGAUCGCUAUACACACCGGUGCUGUUGUCAUGCGAGGGAGCCAGCUCCCAUACCGGGCCUUCGUGGGCUGCGUUGUCGCAUUGUGGGCCUUCAUCCUCGUUCUCGGAUUCAUCCCUAUAGGCCUAUACGGGUCCAAGACAUUUGUGAUCUCAGAAGCCGGCUGGUGCUGGCUGAGCCCCGAACACGAACGCGAGCGCCUCUGGGGCCACUACUUCUGGAUCUUCCUCUCCGAGUUCGGCACCGUCGUGCUGUACAGCAUCAUGUUCGUCUUCCUGCGGCGUCGAAUGAUGCAGACCGCCCGGCUGCGCCCAAACCACAAGGAGAGCAUGAACCGGAUCAACCGCGUCGUCAUCUACAUGGUCAUCUACCCAGUCGCAUACGUCAUCCUGUCCCUCCCGCUCGCUGCCGGUCGAAUGUCUAGCGCGCGCCAUAUCGUCCCUAGCCACCCCUACUUCGCGACUGCCGGGUCGCUGAUGGCACUGUCGGGGCUAGCAGAUGCAGUCAUCUACACGCUAACCCGGCGCCAGCUCCUGGUCGACACGGAGUCGAACGUAUCCCACGAGAUCUACGCGGCGUAUUCGAUGACGCAUAACCACCAAACGCACAUCAGCACGACGCACGAGACGAGGAAACGGGGCCGUGUGGGCUCGCGGCUGCGCCGGGGCCUGCAGACGCUGAACGACAGUGUGUUGGAUAAUCGGGACGAUUCGACGGAGGAGAUUGUGAAGAAGGGCGAUACGGAAAUGAAGAAUAUGAAUAUGGGCCAUGGUGUUUAUCAGGAGACGACGUUUGAGAUUACGCACGAGGCUGCGGAUCCGGGGGACUCGCGGUCGAAGAAUAGACAUGCUGAGUAG